AUGGAGAAAAUGUGUCUGGCAAUGGUGUGGCUCACUAAAAAAUUAAGACACUAUUUUAUGAAUUACCAAAUUGAUGUGGUGUUAAAAAUUGAUCCCAUGCGAUAUUUAUACAGAACUCCACCCCUGAUAGGAAAGCUUGGGAGGUGGUUACUUCUACUGUCGGAAUUUGAUAUACAAUACAUACCCAAGAAGGUAAUUAAGGGGAGAGCUGUGGCUGACUUCCUAGCACAAAAUCCAGUAGAUGAUAGUGAAGUAAUUGACUUUUCCUUCCCAGAUGAAGACAUUAGACAAAUAGAUAUUGGAAAGUGGAAAAUGUACUUCGAUGGUGCUGCAAAUAAAAGUGGAGCUGGUAUUGGCGUCAUUUUGGUUUCCCCAGAAGGUGAAUGGAUGCCAUUAUCCAAAAGGCUUGAUUUUUGGGCCACCAACAACAUGUCUGAAUACGAAGCUUUUAUUUUUGGAUUGGAAUCAUUGAUAUCAAUAGGAAUCAAACAUGCAGAAUUUUUUGGAGAUUCCAGUCUAGUAAUAAAACAAGUGGGAAAGGAGUGGGAAAUAAAAGAAGAAAAAUUAAAACCCUAUCUCCAAUAUACUGAAGUUCUCAAGACACAUUUUGAUGUAGCUGAAUUCAAAUAUAUCCCUAGGGAAGAAAACCAGAUAGCUGAUGCUUUUAGCUGGAUUAGCUUCAGUAUGGGACGAUCUUGGAAGAUUGUUUGUCAAGCCACUAGUAAUGAUAAACAUUAUCCAGUAGAUGCUACCACAAAGGAUAGAAAUUUGAUUCAGAAAUUGGCUCAACAAUUUUUCUUAUUACAUGGAAAACUAUAUAAACGUCAUCAUGACUUACACCUGUUGUGCAUAGAUGAAGAAAAAGCCAAACAACUUAUGGAGGAAGUUCAUUCGGGUGUUUGUGGACCUCAUAUGAACGGUAAGGAAUUAUCUCGUAAAAUCAUGUGA